AUGGACACCAGCUCCCUCCUCUUCGACUGCGAGCUGGCCAUCCCCGGGCAGGCGCAGCACAUCGCCUGGUGCCCCGUCACCAACUGCGUGGCCGUGUCCUGCAAAUCCGACGGACCAGCGGCCCAGAGCGUGUGCGUGCUGGAGCCCAGCUGCCCCCAGGAUUGCACGAUCCUGGAGGUCCCACUUCACGAUGAUGGUGACUCUAUGGGUUUCUUGUCCUGGUCCCCAGCUGGAUGCCGCCGAAAGCUGCUAACAGCAACGACUCGAGGUGAUGUGCAUGUGUGGACGCAAGGGGGUGCCAACGGCAACUUGGAUGUACAGGCGGUGAAUGCGUGGUAUGGACAGAAGGCUGUGUCCACCCCAUCUGAGCUUGUGUGCGCCAAGUGGCUGUCUGCCCCGGCAAGCUGGAAAUGGCCGCCAUCCAAAACCAGUGAAGGGGAGGGCAGAGCUGAUGGUGUGCCUGCCGCAGCAAGUGGAGAAGGGAUGGAUGUUCCGUUUGUCAAUGAAGACAACCUGCUGGAUGGGAAACUUCACUGGCUCCGAUGCGGGCUGGCAUGCUUUGCAACCAUCACAAAAGAUGCAACAUACCAGGUGCACUGGCGAGUUAUGGGUGGGCUGUGCAGCUCCUCGCAGUGGCGCAGCCUGCCCCCAGUCACUCUGCCAGGGUCAGUUGGGCGUCUGCUGGCAGCGGACGUGGUCGGGGGGCAGUGUGCCACAGCCCGUCUGGCUGUUGUUUCUGAGGAUCGGCCAGGAUCGGUUUGCAUCUUUGAUGCGUCAGGAGACCCAACAUGGUCCUGCGGGCCUGGGGCGGUUGAGCGUGCAGUGCAGGUGUCCACUGUGACCAAGUUGGACUGCCCUGGUCAAGACCGUAUCGUGCAGAUCGCCUUGGGGGUGGGCAAUGCCGGCCAGGCCAUCCUAGUCCUUGGGGAGGACGGGCAAACUGGGACUUUCACGAUACGGAGAUACAGCCCAAAGGUUGAUGAAGAGUUUUGGGAGGGAGGCGCGGUGUACCAAGUUCCAAGGGACAGGCUUGCCACAGUGGCAUCAGCUGGCACCCCGAGCUUCUGCGUCAAUGGGGACGAGGCCUCCAUUGGGGUGCUGGCGCCAGGGCAGCCGCCCUUGCUCAUUCGCCAGCAGGAACUCGAGGAGCACUUGGAUGCACUGCAGUGGCCCAGUGACGAGGGCGGCGCAGGGCCCAUGCCGCACUGCGGUGCCUUUGGGCCCUGCGGCUGCGCCCUGGCUGUAGCAGCAGAUGGGGAAAGGUCGCAAGCUUGCAGGCUGGUCGUGUGGUCGCUGCCGGACUACUCCGUGGACACGGCAAAGGAAAUGGCGGACGAGGCCAUGAGCAAUGCAGACAGAAUGGUUUGGGGCUUUGUAAACGGCUUCUGCACCUGGGAUGUCGUUCACCACAUCUGCAGCUCCUCCGCAUCGUCCACAGCUGUGCUCUACGACACCCUUCGGCACCUGGACACCAUGAUUCAUCGACACCCAUCCCACCCACGGCCCCAUUUUGCAUCUCUGUACGACCAGGCGAAAGCUCGCAUCCUGGCAGACGUGUGCGCCAAGGCACUGCAGUCUCCAGACAGUGAAGCCAGCACGGCUGAGGCGGUUCUUGUGGACAUCUAUGCACGCACCAUCAUCUGUUUCAUCUUCAACGCUGUGGGCAUGCGGUUUCGAGACGAUACCCAAGCCGUUGAGGGGGCCCCCAGUCCCAAGCUAGAGGCUGCCGAAUUUCAGAAGUGCCUGCCCUGGAUUGUCUGGCUGCAUCAAUACAGGCAGCUGUUCUGUCAGUGCAUAAAGACAUGGAUACAACGCUGCCAAGUGUCGGAAAAGAAAGGCAUUGAAGAAGAUGCUGAGGCUGCAUGCAUACCAUGUGUGCGGCUGUUGGUGGACUCCUACUUCAUGACACGCUUCAUGAACAUGAUGCUCAUUGCCUUGGGAAUCAUGAAGAGCCGAUUAGCAACGCAGGACAGCCACAGCACCAGAGACCCAGUGAAGGAUGAUAGGAAGACAAGGGACAUGCUCAAGGACUUUGGGAACUUCAUAGAAACGGCCAAGGUGCUGCGGAAAGCUUUGAAGGAUGCAGCACCGCCGCAAAAGGAUGGCAGCGCAUCAAAGGACGAUAUCGCACUGGCGUCUGUGUUGAUUGAUGCCAUUCACAAAACGUGCCCGGGCAAGGUCCACCUGCACUACUACAGGCCAGAUGGCGUCUUGAAAUGGCAGGAUUUAGUCAAGCUCAAAACCCCAAACAGCCUCUCCACUGCGAGCGAGAUUUCAGACUCCGAGUGGAGGGAGAAGUGCAUGCGGCUGGGCCUGAUGCCCGUGAACUGUCCGCCCAGCCCCCACGUCGGACCACCGCUAAGCCUGUCAGCGGGAUAUGGAAGGUUCCGGAAGAGCUCUCCAGACAGGCUGAGGUGGACAGUCUCGAACGCGGCGAAAUUGUCAUCUCCCCUCGGCAGGCGCUGGCGCCAGGACCGCGACUUUGCUGUGGGCCAGAGCGCCUUCCCAUCCUUCGACUGGGAAGACCCCCUUCACAGGCGCGACUCCAUCACUGGCAUGUCGCUGCCCCGCGAGGAGCCGCCCUGCCUGUGCACCGUGGACGGCAGCUCGGUGACCAGCCACCCAGACGUCUGGCAGGACGAGGGGAAGGACGGGGAGAUCGGGGCCAUGCUCAAGCGGGCGUACGUUGUGGUGUCGCCCGUCACGGGGAGCCGGUGGAAGCGGCUGAGGGGCUGA